CUGAUAAAGGAAGGGAGGGGAAAGAAAGAGUGGAAUGGGGGGGGGGGGGGGUAAAAGAAAGGAAAGAUACAUAUAGCUUGGCUACACUGAAUCAAGCCUUCUCAGCCAGAGAAACAGGGAGAGGAACAACACAAGAGAAGCAAAUCACUGCGAUCUAAUAUUCCCUUCCAUUUCCUAAAGCAGCUCCUGCAGCGGCCCACCUCAUCCAUUCCAGUUUCCCCUCCUUAUCGCUGGUGUGUACGGACAGGAUGAAAGUGCUCCAGUGCGUGAUCCUGAGCACCCUUCUCCUUCAAUGUCUCUGCUACGAAUCUCAUGAAAGUGAUGAAUCCUAUGAAGUUUCAGAUCCCUUUGUCAGUCCAUACCAAGCCAACUCCUUUAUAAACCCUCCAAGAGAGAACAUCUUCAACAAUUACAUGUACAGAAGGUUGGUGAAAUCACCAGUGGAACGACAGUCAGAGAUCUGUGAGGAUUUCUCUCUCUGUCGUUUGUACGCCUAUCGCCAUGGCUACCAGAAGGCCUAUGAGAAAUAUUUUGCUGAUAGGAAUCCAGGCGGCAACAGAUACUGAAUCUCACAGGAAGACAUUGGACUGAGAAAGGCAUAAAUCAAUCAAAGUCACUCGUCAUAUUAAUUUUUUUUUGGUCAUUUGGUUUGUUUAUUCAUUCAGCAGUUAUGGAUAUAUGAUUUAUGACCUAAGCACUUCCUGCACCUCCUUUCCCCCCUCUUCAUACACUCAUUCCACAUUUUGAAUUCUUAGUCUAGGCCUGAGUUACAUGGUGGACAUUAUUCAAGCACUAUAGUCUACAAGAUUUGUAUCAGGAUGAUGAACCCAGACAAACAUAUAUAAUUCAAACUAUAGUUUAAUUCUCUAAUCUGGUAGUGUGAUAUAUAGGGCACUGUCACCCUGACUUAUCUAUUAUUCUUACUUUGUGCUUUAACGAAAAUACAGCACCAUAUAUCACUCUGACAUAUCUGAUUUUAUCACCUUCAUCAUCUCUUUAAUUUUCAGCAAUUGUCAUGUUAAGAAUGGAACUAUUUUACACUCAGAAGGAUAGUCAUCGUAACUGUGUUUCUGACAAUUCUGACAAAUCUGAAAUCUAGCUUGCUUCAGUAGAAUGUUGCACACUCAUUAUAACACAAUAUCCCUCCCCAUUGCAAGUUGUAUAGUACCGCACCAUGUAACUGUCGUAUGCUUUCAUUUCCGCACUGCAGAGCAAUGCUUAUUGCUUUACGCAACAGAGAUGCUACAUGUAUGCAAAUAUUAACACACGUUAGGCAACACAGUGAGAAUCCAUAUGUGGGAUGAAAUGCAACCUCAAUAAAACAGAAGCUUUGAAUGUUUGUUUGUUUAUUGAACACGUUGCUUUUUGGAGUAACAUACGUGCGUUCUGAAUGAAAUGAACUAUAACCAGCUAGUGGAAUUGCAUUGCAGCUGUUGUGAUGCUGCUAUGUAUCUGUGUUAUCAUAUGAAAUUAUGUAGGAUAUAAGUAUGAGAUUUAUGUAAUUACACAGGCUGAUAUACAUUCAUAGGUUUAUAACCUUAUUACCGCCAUCCCUAACCCCAGCCUCAGCACUGCCCCUAAUCUUAGGUCUAAUCCUUAACCUCACUUUCACCUGACACCUAACCUAAAAAACCAACCCUGACCUUUUAUAUUAAUACGCAAACUAUACAUGUAGUUGUACUGUUGUUAUGCUGUAAUUCCAUGCAGUUACGAAGAUAAAUGAAAAAAAUAAAAAGUGAAGUGAGUUAAAAAUAAUAAUAAUUCAAAGUAAUGACGCCUUCAAUUUGCCUUUUUGACUGGUGGCUUUUUUCUUAAACACUGUCCCCACAUCAACACACAUACAUAGCAGGAACAAUGAACCAGACAGGCUAAUUGCAACCUAUCUUGCCAACACAAACUGCUUUCACCAAGAAUAACAGUCAGACGGAGAUGGAAAGAGGUCAACAUACAGCAGAAUAAUCUGUAUGUCUCACUGCAGUGCGGUGGUGUCUCUGUAUCUGUAAAUUGUGCC